AACAGAAAAAGAAACGAGAAAGACAAUUUAUAGGAAGCUACCAAAAGAUAUCAAACCAACCUUUGUAAAUGAACUGAGAAAAUAGCCACUGCUGCAAACUAAAACAUUAUACUGUAGCCAUGGGAGAUCCACUGAAACUGUACAUAAUUUUCCAAGGCGAGAUAGCUUCAGUACAGCCCUAUGGAGUGUUUGUUAAGAUACCAGGCAGUAAACAGCAAGGUCUUGUUCACAAGUCCCAAAUGUCAAAGGCUAAAGUUGAAAACCCAUCUGAAAUAGCUGAAAAGGGAGAGAUGGUAUAUUGCAAGAUCAUUUCAAUGGAGAGUGGUGGUGAGAAGAUAGGACUCUCUAUGAAGGUUCUAAAUCAAGACACAGGGCGAGAUUUGGAUCCCAACAAUGUCCAAACAAGUAUGGACGAGCAGAGGAGGAAGUCUGGUAAAGGGUUCACAAAGGAGAAGAUAGAGCUUGAAGCUGUUUUUAAUACAACAUGCAAGAAAUGUGGAGGGCAAGGUCACCUUGCUCAAGAUUGUUUCUUCCUUCCCGGUGGAGCCACCUAUCAGCUAGUGGGAGAUGAAGAGGAACCUGACCAGUUGGCAGAAUCACCCCCAAAGAAGAAAAAGAAGAAGGAGAAGUCCAAAAAGAAGAAAAAGCACAAGAAGCAACAACACAGUGACAGCGACGACUCUGAUGAUAAGAAGAGAAAAAAGAAGUCUAAAGACAAGAAAAAGUCAAGACGACAUAGCACAAACAGUGAAGAUUCCUCACAUAAUCGUCAUGGUAAUAAGGUGAGGGAAACAAAACGAAGGUCACCUUGUUCAUCCUCUUCUGAAUCAGAUUCAGAAGAUGAGCGAUCAAAGCCUAGAAAAAGACAUCACAAUAUUGAUGACCGUGAUGAUAAUAAAAGACAUAGGACUGAUCUUAAUGAAAACAGAUAUCGAGAUCAGCCGAGGAAAUUAGAUUCAUCCAGACAGAAGCGAGAAAAUAAUGUAUCUAAGAGGCAUGAUUCAAAGCUAGAGGACUCUUACAGAAAGUCUGAAAGACAUGGAUCAGAGAGACAUGAUUCUGAAAGACAUGGCACAGAAAGACACAAUUCUGAAAGACAUGAUUCUGAAAGACAAAGAUCAGAGAGACAUGAUUCUGAAAGACAUGGCACAGAAAGACACAAUUCUGAAAGACAUAGAUCAGAGAGACAUGAUUCUGAAAGACAUGGCACAGAAAGACACAAUUCUGAAAGACAUGGAUCAGAGAGACAUGAUUCUGAAAGACAUGGCACAGAAAGACACAAUUCUGAAAGACAUAGAUCAGAGAGAAAUGAUUCUGAAAGACAUGGCACAGAAAGACACAAUUCUGAAAGACAUGGAUCAGAGAGACACGAUUCUCGGCAUAGAUCAGAAAGAGAAUCAUAUUCUAGUAGUAAGCAUAGAGAACAUCCUAAGAACUAUGAAUCAAGAAAACAUGAUUCUGAAUCAAAAAGACAUGAUCAAAAUGACGAUAGUAGACAUUUUGAAUCAAAUCGGCAUGAUUCACACAAAAAUGAAUCGAGGAGACAUUCUGACCACAGAGAAUCCAAGAGACGCAAGUCUAAUUAUGAUUCAGAUUCAUCAAGCUAA